UACUUCAUAUACUCUUUUAUACUUUCAAAAGGAAAUGUAAACCUAAAAAAAUACAUGAGAUGUCUUUGUUUCAGGAGUUAAACUGGAAAUGUGACUACCUUUGGUAAUAGAAGUUUGGCAACCUUCAACGCUAUCAGUGUAGCCGAAGGCAGCUCACACACAUUCUUUCAUCUGCCUUUUUCACUUUGUUUUCAUGUAGUCGUGUUCAAAUUUAAUUUGCUUGAUGAGCAAAUAUUUGUACACAUAGGAAACAGUUACACAGUGCAUUCUAUGGAGUCUGUGUUAACAAAGAUAUUAAAUAAAACACAAGUUCUUAGCAGUUGUCUAAGUUUAAGUUUGAGGAGGUAAAGUGAUUGGUACUGAUUGAAGGUGGCCGGUGUGGGGCCCCUUCAUCUGUUCAUUAUGAAGGUUUCUUGACAAUAAGUGCAUUGCCUGUGUGAGCCUUAUUCCUUUCCCCCAGGCUUGCGCUGAUCCAACCUUGAACUUGUGCUGUCAAAGGCCUAGAGAGUCGUGUGCGUGUGUGUGUGUGUGUGUGUGUGUGUGUUCUUUUGGGGGGGGUUGAAUUGCAGUGCAAGUUUGUGCAUGCUGAAGCCUCCACUCGCCUCCUCCCUCAUCAUACUGUUUGAAUUCUCUCUUGAACCUGAAUUUUUGCUUGAACCUUAAGAGCAAAAGUUCCUCAUGAAACUGUACUCCGCUUCGCUAAACCUCAUGUGUUCCCACAUCGGGACCCACUUACUGUGACACAUAACUAAAUUUCCUCUGCUAAAUGAAAACAUAUCAGCAAAAGCAAAGUCAAUUGCCCCCUUUACCCUGAAUGGUACGGUCGAGUCUCCAGCAAUGUGACAUUACACGCAGGCCCAGGUCGUCGGGUGGAGUCAGAUAGUUUCGAGUGUCUAAAAGAUGUGACAGAGAAAGGGAAGUGAGCGUGUUCAUGUUGGAGGUCAGAACAGGCAACCAAGUACAGAGUUAUAGAUCAGUCUGAACUGCUGUGAUGACAGGCUUCGGGGUGUACUUGGGACAUGCUGAAUGUGUAGCCACACACACGAGCAUGAACGUGGGGUGAAGCAGCUGUAUGUUGUGGACUGAUCAGUUUGCACCCUCUGCUGUGCUGUUUGUAACCCUGCUGUGAUACUCUGCACCAAAAUAACCAAGUCUCCUUUACGGCACGUCUGAAGGGUUUGAGCCUUAUAUACACUUCAUGAUAUGGCAGAAGAAAGCUUACCAGCAGCCUCGUACAAGCAGCCUCUUGCGCUUAUGAUAUGGAUGGACUUGCUCCAUUUUUUCAGGUGCACUCUUGGCUAGAUUUCAGCAGAAGUCUGAUGAUUAUUGCCCAAUUUAUCAAUCUGUCUGAUGGUCAAUUAAAUUACACAGUGUAACCCAGCAAGCCGCUUCCGGUACCAGCCUGAACACACAAGCUGCCUGAUAUAUCUGGGAUAAGUCAAGUUUAUUUUUAUAUCGCUUUUAACAAUAGACAUUGUCACAAAGAAGCUUUACAGAAUUUUAACGACUUUAAACAUGAGCUAAUUUUAUCCCUAAUCUAUCCCCAAUGAGCAAGCCUGUGGCGACGGUGGCAAGGAAAAAAUCCCUCAGACGACACGAGGAAGAAACCUCGAGAGGAACCAGACUCAAAAAGGAACCCGUCCUCGUUUGGGUGAUAACAGACAACGUGAUAACAAAUACCAAAUAAAUAAAAUGAUAAUGGUGUAAGGACGAUAAGAUGUACAUUCAGUCUUAUAUAAAAAAGAAAUAAAACAUACAUAAGAGAUUAGAGUAAUUGGAGAAAGGAGAAAAUGAUGUGCGACAGACAGAAAUCCUGAUAGAGAAAGAGAGCGAAUUCAUGUUGUUGGUUCUCAUCACUCUGGUUCUUGGACAGAAACACUAUAUCGAGACCAGAGCACGAAACCCAUAAUGCCGUGGGUUGGGGCCUGGCUGGAGGGGUUCUGCCUGUCGGCCCGUCACUAAGGAAAAACUGCUCUGGCUAACAUAACGCCAAAUUUGAAUGUUUUGACUGCAUGAGAGGAAAUAGUUGGCGAGACCCAUCAGAAAAAAAAAAAAAUCAUAUGCAAAUUGUGUAUGAAAGUGUUCAUGCAGUCGAAGUUGUGUGUCCCCAGAGAGACCUAACCUGAAGAGCGCUGAAGAGAGCUCUAUGUGCCUCCUUUUUCAUGUCUCUUAGCUCCUAACAUGUUUAUUUUCCAUGUAUUUGGAAAGCUAGUUGUUUGUUAGCUGUCUAACCAGCGUGUCAAUACAUAUUCUAGCCCGCGACCAUUAGUCUGGUUUUACUAUUGUAUAUGGAGGACUUGACUCAGGCUGUCAUGCUUUAUUAAGACAGCUACUCAUUAGGCUUUUCUAGACUGUGGUGCUGUUACUGAAAUGAAGCAUGAGAGCGAACAGUGUUUAAUGCCCAAAUUGGAAACUGUGAAAAAGUGAAUUCAAGAAAAAACAUUUUUUGGAAAAUGAUUAUAUAUCGUGAUGCAGCAUUAUAAAAAAGCUCCCCAGUACUUCCUAACUCGUACCCCAUUGGGGAUUUAUCCUUGGGGUCUAAUCAUAGAUAUGCGGUCACUGAGUUGCAUAAGACCCCUAAUGUGCGAAGAGGGCCAGGCGAUUUGAGUUACACACAAAGUCCUUCCAAUUUCAUCAUCUCUGGAAAUAGAACUAUCCUCUUCUCCCCUGGGGCACACAUGCUGACCCACCUAUUUCACAGCUUAAAGUCAUGAGCUCCAUGACAGCAACUAUGUAUCUGUAAGAAAACUGCAGGCAAACACACUUCCAUUAAGUCUGUUUACACACCUCAUGUGGGGAACAGAACCACUGACAUACGAUUUCAUUGUCAGACUGUCAUCAGAGUAGAAUCAUGGCACUGAACAUAGACGUCGGCAUAAAUAGGGAAUGACAUAGCGAGCAGAAAGAACGCUCGUCACUGAUGAGUUGGAAUUAUUAAGCACUUGUAAGAUGACCGCUAGAAAUCAUUGGAAGUUUUGCCAUUGUUUUGUGACAUAUUAUUUACUCUACGCGCCACUGUCUGUUUGAUAGUCACAUUGAUUAUUACUCGAAUGGAUAGAGCCUGCAGUAUUUACCAUUAUUAGCGGUCGCUUGCCAAGCUGACCUCAUUCCUGCUACUAAAGCCAUGACUGAGAGGACAGCAGAGUUGAGGGGUCAGGAUAACGCCGAGUGAGUGGCAGUUUGUUGAUACGCAGCCCUUGUUGCUGUUGCUAUCUGGGUACCGGGUUGCGUUCUGGGUAGCUGGUGGAUAAUUUACACACUUGUGCUGUAGUCAGCAGCAGCAGCAGCACCAUGGAGACACAGAGGCAGUGUGACACCUCGGGCCAGUAAACCGUGCUCCCGAUCCUUCCUCCUUCUCUCAGCUCUAGCCCAACAUGACCUUAACCUCAGCAACGCACGCAGGCACAGGCAACUGAAUACUCACCUCUGAGAUUCUGAUAAGAAAAUCCCAACCAGGUUUAUGAGGAGCUGGAGCAAGAGAUGAACUCCGAGCAGGAAAGGCCGUUCGUUUGCAGCGCUCCAGGCUGCUCUCAGCGUUUCCCCACAGAAGACCAUCUAAUGAUCCACCGCCACAAGCAUGAGAUGACCCUCAAAUUCCCCCCUAUCAAAAGUGAUAACAUGCUAUCAGACCAGACACCAACCCCAACACGCUUCCUGAAGAACUGUGAGGAGGUAGGACUGUUCAGUGAGCUGGACUGCUCCAUCGAGCAGGAGUUCUGUAAAGCCCAAGAAGAGGAGGACACCAAACAGAAUAUCGCUCUUCACGCACAACAAGGCCCCAACCAGCACCAGCAACCUCACAGCCGAAUGGCCAACCAUGAGGGCAGCAUAGUGAUACAGCAGGCAUUGCCAUCACCACAGUCCAGCUCAGUCAUCACGCAGGCUCCUUCCACCAACAGACAGAUCGGCCCAGUUCCUGGCUCUCUCUCAUCACUGCUACACUUGAGGAACAGACAGCGACAGCCUCUGCCAGCCUCCAUGCCUGGCACUCUGCCUGACCCCACCAUGCAGGGAUCCUCCGCUGUGCUCAUGCCUAUGGAGAGACAAAUGUCCAUGAGCUCCAACAUAAUGGGUAUGCAAGGCCCCACCCACAGCAGCUCCUGUUCCUCUCCUCAUGUACCAUCCAUGCAUUCAGAAGCAAAACUGAGACUGAAAGCUGCGCUGACUCACCAUCCGGGGCCAAUCUCCAAUGGCAACAUGAAUACGAUGGGUCACAUGAUGGAUAUGAUGUCGUCGCGGCAAGAGCAGAGCAGCCAUCACCAUCUGCAUUCUCACCCUCACCAACACAUGCAGGCCCCGCCCCAUGGUUACCCACACCACGCCCACCACCAUAGCCACACCCAGACAGGCCACCACCACCCGCAGGGUCACGGGCACCAUAACUCUCACCCAGGCCACCUACACCCUGCACACGGGCACCAGACGUCUCCUCACGCACCAAUGCACUCCGCUGCCCCCCAGUUAUCCCCGGCCGCACAGCAAAUGCAGCCCACGCAGACGCUACAGUCUGGACCACCCAGUGGGGGUCGGCGCAGGCGUGUGGUUGAUGAGGACCCUGAUGAGCGCCGGCGAAAGUUUCUAGAGAGGAACCGGGCAGCUGCUACACGCUGCAGGCAGAAGAGGAAAGUGUGGGUGAUGUCUCUGGAGAAGAAAGCUGAGGAGCUCACCCAGACUAACAUGCAACUCCAGAAUGAGGUGAGCAUGCUGAAGAAUGAGGUGACUCAGCUCAAGCAGCUCCUACUGACACACAAAGACUGUCCCAUCACCGCCAUGCAAAAGGAGUCACAGGGUUACCUCAGUCCAGAAAGCAGUCCAGCAGGAAGUCCGACCCCUGUGACCCAGCAGCAGGUCAUCCAGCACAACACCAUCACCACAUCCAACACGGCCCCCAAUCACUGCACAGACAUCAACCCCAUCCACUAGAGACUCUCGAUGUCUUAGACGCUCGAACAGCUGCACCGUGAGCUCCGUGAACUAAGGCACACCUCUGGGCCUCUGCGGCAACUCUUUCUUCCAUGUGUAUUUGGUACAAGUAAAGCUCAUGGUUUCUUUAGCGUUUUUUUUUUAAUUGAAAAUCAUUUCAAAAGGAGGCUCAUCAAAAUUAAUCCAGCGCUGAACUUUUUAGCAUGACCCAUUCACACAAAGUCAAGGUACAAAGUUACCAUGGUUUUACAUAUGAGGAGAGAGUUUGAGACUGUUGUGUUUCUGCGUGUUUUACUGAUUUACUGACUGUCCCUCAAAUACUACUGCCUUCCCAUAUAUGCAAGAGUCGAAUUGUAGCCUUGAUGUGUCCUUUCUCAAUGCUCUGAACUAUAAUGCCAAAAAAGCUGUUCCUUUUGUAUCUGUUUGUAUUUACAAAUGAUUUAUGAUUAUUAAUGUUCUGUCACACGUCCAAUCUCCUGCAAGGCGAUGAACUCAGAAAACCUAAUUGAUAAUCCAUUAUGUAUUGAUGACAAUAAUGAUGUUAAAUGGAAGCAAUAUACAUCAGUCUGACGUAUGCUCAACAACUUGGCUGGCAUUUUACUAUCAAUUUACCAGAUUUAAUUCAUAUCACAACGUCACAGUGCAGUAAAUUACCUGCUUAGCUGGUGCUUGGCUGUGCUGCUUUCAGUAGUGGCUAGUAACUUUAAAAUCAAGUUACAUCAAGUAGUGUUUGAUUUGAGUUUGAGUGUUGACCUUGUUGACCAUGCGUCAGAAUUCUGGUGAGGCCCAGAGUGCAUGUGUGUGUGUGUGUGUGUGUGUGUGUGUGUGUUUGUGUGUGUGUGCGCGAAUCUCAUUGGCUGCUUUAGCCAUAUGCUGAAUCUCAGCACAGUGACACCCUGGAGACAUCUCUGCUUACUAAAACCUCUGGGCUAAGUUACAAAGGCCUUCUGUAGAGUAAAAAUAAUAAUAAUAAUCACCAGUAAUCAAUGUUUGUAUAAACCUGCAUGGCCAUUGUUCUGUUGGAUGAAUAUGAGGUUGAAACCUCCACUUUCUUUUUGAGCAUGGCCAGAAGAGUCUGUCUCUUGGUUGCUCCUGAUUAAGUCUAUGAUUAUGCAGUAUGUAAUAUGAUCAUACAGUCCAACAGACUCAACAGAUGUUGAUUAGAUUGUCUGGAUUGAGAGACAUCCAGAUUGGGUGCGUAAGAAAGCUUUAUGAGCAGCUCUGCCUCUCAAGGACCAAGCAAAGACUCAAUAGAGGUCUGCAGAAUUUCCUAUAGCAGAUACGUAGGGGUCUGUACGGUAGAAGGUAAAAUCUGCUGCUGCACUGGAGAUCUUCAUAUUGAUAGCAGCUUCUUCUUACUAUAAGGACAUUCCAAUGUGAACCCUAUUUUUUGCCCUUUGUAUCUUUGUUUGGUUGUUUGUACAAAAGACCUCUUUACCUCAGGACUGCGUAAUCCCAGACACGAAGCUGCCCACUGUAGCCAUGAGUGGCUGAGCAGGCCUUGAACCCCUGAUGAGGUUGUAUUGAUUAACUGUCUCCCUUUAACUUUGACUUAUUACAUAGCGCUUGAGUUCAUUUGUCUGCCUCGAAGAGAAUGUAGCAUUUUACUAUUUCUAAACAGGUACCAAUCUAAACUAUGCUUUCCAACUCUCACAAUGUGCCUGAACUAUUGUGACUUACUCACAUGCAAAAGAAUGUCAGUCAUUAUUAAUAUCGUACAUUUUUUGUGCGUGUGCGCGCGUGUGUGUGUGUGUUGAAGGUUUUAUGCUCUUUUGUAAAAGUUCAGACUAACUGCUUGUUUGCAUGGAGCUGUUCUUGGGGAUUCACUUUGGUGGACACUUGGGUAUUCCUCUGGACCUUGGAGGCCUGUGAUGAGAGCACCUUGACCUUCUUUGACUUUUCCCAGGCAUCCAUGGUCAAGGCCAACUAAAUCAUUAAGUUUACGCCAAAAUGGUUCCCCCCAACAGAAGAAAAGGUCCUUCUUCCAGCAACUGAACUCUCAAGUAUUCCACAGCUCAUCAUGGACAUUUUACCCCUCUUAAUUGGAAUAUAUUGAUUUCCUUCACCUUUCCAUGCAGCAUUGUGUCUGGAGCGGGAGCGUGCUAAACCACCUCCACAUUUAGAGGAGGAUCCAUGUAGCUGUCUAUGCACUUUGACCUCUGCGAGUAUAGCAGAGUUUGAAAUAGCCAUAUUGAAGACUCAGUGAUUCUUCUGUUCCCACACCAGCGAGAUGCAGCCCCUGUCGUCCCAUGGAGACAGAGGCAUCGCAGCCUUUUGUAUCUCCCCAAAAAAAAAAAAAAAAAAAGAGUCCCUUCUUGGGCUAUCCUACUGGAAUCCAAGGAAAUGUAUAUCUUCACUUUCAGACUUUGUGUCUAGAUGCUCUUAUAGCUUUAAACGAUUUCAGAUGUCUCUUUCUAUCUACGAAACUUUGUAGAUAACCUUUGUAGGUUUUUCACACUGUGAAGGUGGCUGAGGUAGUAAUGUGAAAUAGAACAAUAAUGUUUUCUAUUGAGUCUAAGACCUCAUGCGUUGUGUUUGCAUUCGGUCAGUUGCAGCAGUUUCCCCAAUGAACAAUGUAACUGAGGCCAGCACUUGCUACAUGUAGCAUUGUAAAGAGGCUUUUUCUUUUCCGUUUUUUUUUUCCACGAUUGUGGUUUGUUACAGCGAAACACAAACCUGUACAUGUGUGUCAUCUCAGUGUGCAUUUUAAUACUGCACUCUAGUUUCUGCAUAGUAAUGCCGUGAGCUAGCAAGAAACUUGGCCACCAUAGCCGUCUUAAUCCCGACUAAAAAUAGACGCGAUACCGUAUUUGUACGGAACUCUCAACUUUUGCAUUCACGUUCUCCAAUGUGUUAAAGGUUGUAUAUUACAGGCCUAACCAGGAAAGCUCGUGAAAGAUAACAUUUUAAAUGGGUCUCUACGGAGGACCAUAUCAUUGUCGUUUGACACAUUUAUCAUCCAGCAACAUGUCUCAGGCCACGCUGGAGUAGCAAAGUUAAACAACUAUCAGACUUCCUGCAGUAUUUCAUCUCCUCGGUCUUUUCAUUUCAACUGACAGAAGAUCAGGUUAGCGUCCACUACGGGCGACAUCACCUCUGCUCACCACAGAGGCCGAGAGCAAAACAUAUUCAACUGGAAUGAUUUAUAAAAGGAAAAUAACACAGAUUAAUCUCAAUUUGUUGACUUGGACAUCGUUCCUUUUUUUCAAAUGGGUGAAUAGGUUUGUCUUUUGUACUUGCUUUCUAAGAAAAUGGAGAGAAAAUGUGUGUGUGCAAGCAUGCUUGUGUGUGUGUGUGUAUGGGACUGUAUGUUAUUUUUUUGCGAGAUGGUGGACAUUAAAAAAAAAUUAUAAAUGUAUCAUUUGAAGCAUAAAAAUAUUAAAUAUUGUAUAGAUUCUCAUUAAUCUUGCUCAUGUAAUGCAACCACCUUUCUUCUCGAAAGGAGUCAAUGUUUGGUACAUGUUGUAAAUAAUGUUUGCAUAGCACUUCAAGUGUUUGUUCAAAUGUCUGUUCAUUUCUGCGCAUAAACAUUUCCUUGUUUAUUCCACGUCCUGGAUUUAAACAUGCCUGCAUAACUUUGUACAUUUUAUAUAUGUUUGUGUUUGUUCGUUUCUUUGUCUAUGCAUAUGUACAGAUGUGAGAUCACAGCAGCUAUAUUACAGUAUGGAAAUAAAGCACUUGUUCAGUAACAAA